AUUUCUCGCUCUAAGCUUACAGAGAAGGGAGAGAGAGAAAACGAAGAGGGGAGAGAGGGGGAGAGAGAGAGUUUGUAACGAAACAAAUGGACUUCUCCGAACAAGAGGUAGAUUUAUUCGGAGAAGAGUACGACAACGACGACGAUCAAAAUAAAGAGAACAACGAAGAACAGAGUCACCAAUCAUCUUCCUCUGCAUCCUCUUCCUCCUCCUCUUCCUCAUCAUCUUCGUCUAAUCGUAGCGGCGGCGGAGAGAGCAGUAGCGGCGGCAGUGGCAGUGGCAGUGGCAGCGGAAGUGGUAGCGGCAGCAGCAGCGGUGCAGAGGAGGAAGAACAAGAUAACGGGGAAGUGAGGUCUAAUUACUAUCGUGAGGAAGAUGAUAAAGAUCUGUUUGGGUCCGAUAACGAAGAAUACUGUAAAACCCCUGCGACUAGUCCUUAUCUAGUGCCCGUUUUGCCUCCAAUACGUAAUACGAACAACCACACUAGAGGGGGUUUUGGGCGUGGUCGUUGGCAAAACGAUAGAGGAGCUGGCAUCCUUGGUCGACCUGGACCUUAUCCUCAAAGGCAAAACUUUGGGUAUGGUUCAAAGUUUUUUAAUGGUCGUCAGGAUGAACGAUUUGUUUCUGAACUAAGGCUUACAAAGAGUGAAGAGACAUUAGCAAGAAAAUGUAUAACAAUCCAGGAGCCAUCUGAGCUUGCUUGUUAUAGUCGUGGGGAAGAUGGAGAUGUCUCCUUCAAUGAUAGUAGCUUGAGGCUUUUUAAGCGUCUUAUCACUGAAGAUGUUGGAGCAGACUUGAAUGAAGGUUUUGAUACUUUUAUUCCAAAAAAAGAUUUGGGCUCUCAGGGUUUCGGCGACCUUCUCGCUUGCAUCAGAGACAAAAAUAUACCACUUCAAAAUAUUCACUUCGUUACAUAUCGUAACAACCUCAAUAAGAUAUUGCAAACUGCCUAUAUCAAGCACGAACCUUGGGAAAUGGGGGUGCAUAAAAGGAAUGGAGUAGUCUAUCUUGAUGUGCAUAAACUACCAGAAAGGCCACAGAGUGAGUUAGAACGUCGAAGAUGUUAUUGGGGAUACUGUUUUGAGAGCCUUGCCACUCUAGGAAGCGCUGAUGGGGACCGGAUACAACAAGUUGAUGCCAACGUUGAAUUCUGUUCUGUAAUUAAAACUAAAUUAGGGGCUCAUCGUGUUUUGAUGGGUGCCGAAAUGGAUUGCUGUGAUUUAACUGACGAUGGGAGGAAGUUUUAUGUUGAGUUGAAGACAAGUCGCGAGUUGGAUGCUCAUACUGAGGAAAGAUAUGAGAGGGAAAAAUUGCUCAAGUUUUGGAUUCAGUCAUUUCUAGCUGGCGUCCCUUAUAUUGUCAUCGGAUUUAGAGAUGAUGGAGGACGACUUGUCCGCACGGAGAGAUUAAGAACCAAAGAUAUAACACAUAGAGUAAAACUGAAGAAUUAUUGGCAGGGAGGAGUGUGCCUGGCAUUUGCUGAUGAGGUACUAUGCUGGCUCUACGGGACUGUCAAAGAGAAUGAAGACUACAUAUUGCAGUUCGCACCACCUUUCACCCGUUUGGAGCUUUUGCAAGCACAAUCUUGCCCAGAUGCGAUUACCAAUCAUGUUGAACAAUUAUGAGGAAACCCGACUAAUUAUAUUAUAUAAAUAUUUGAUUAAAAGAGGGAAGAAAAAAAAAGAGGCAUGGGAAUAUUUAAAAUUUUAUGUUAGAUUUUAUGGAAUUGAAUGUAAUUUUUGUUGUAUUUUUCUAGAUAAAAAACAUGCUCCAAUUAGAUUGCAAGUACUGUGAGUUACCUGCAUGGCUUUGUUAAGAUCAACAUAGCCUUGUUUUAUCAAUUUUUACAGAGGUGGCCCAGUAAAUGUAAAAUUUUUGUUCACUGAACUCGUUAUUGAAAAGGAAAAAAUAUAUGAUUUUUUAGUGAUA